AUGAUGCUGUGGAGUUCAGUGUUGCUGGUUCUGCUCGGACCCUCUGGGCCUCUGUGGGCUCAGCGGCCGCCUACAGUGUUCGUCGAUCUGGACCUGAGUCCGGAACAGCGAUGGGAGCAUCUUCAGGAAGCUUUUAAUACAGAUUUAAUGAAAAAAGCUGCACAGAUCCUCAUUAGUUCACAGGUUCCAAACUGGCUGCAUAAGGCAACUAGUCCUAUUGUGAUGUCCCUGGAAAAACACAUUCCCCAGCCGUACGCUGGGGAAAUCCGUGGAAUAGCCAGCAUGAUGAAAAUGAACCUCGCUGAUGUCGUCAUCCUCAACUUUGCGUAUGAAUUUACUGCUUACUGCACAAGCAUCGUGGCUCAGGACGAGAACGGGAACAUCUACCACGGCAGGAAUUUUGAUUUUCCACAUUCAAUUCUGAGGAAUCUAACCAUGAAUGUUGUCUUCUUCAAAAACGGGGAGCCAGCGUACUUUGGAACGUCACUAGCCGGUUAUGUGGGGCUUUGGACCGGAAUGAGUCCAUACAAGUUCACUGUGUCUGGCAACCAGCGAGAAACGCAGGUUUGGUCAAACUGGUGGAAGAAUGUUGUGUCUGCCGUCUUUGUCCACAACUUCCCGGUCAGCUGGCUUGUUAGGGUGACCCUGGAGGAGGCCAAAGACUUUGAGGAUGCAGUCACACGUCUGUCCAAAACCCCCCUCAUCACCGGGGUGUACUACAUCGUGGGCGGGGUGCGAGCGGGAGAGGGGGUCGUCAUCACCAGAGACCAAAAGGGCCCCGCUGACAUCUGGCCCCUGGAGCCUUUAAAUGGAGGAUGGUACAGAGUGCAGACGAACUUUGACCACUGGCUUCCUCCUCCUAAAAGAGUCAAUCGAAGGGAUGUAGUCAGGAAGAAACUGGAUGCCGUGGGCCAAAAUCGCAUAUGUAUGGAUAAACUUUACCAGGUUCUGUCUCUGCCUCGUGUGUGCCUCAGAACUACAAUCUACACAACAAUCAUGAGUGCAGCAACCCCGCGGGAGUACACUGCAGUUCUCAGACAGAAGGGCUGCCCGAAGAAGACCAAGUGAAGUGACCAAAAAGGAGCAGGGAGUGAUGAGUGAAUGUUUGAAAAUAAAAUUAAUACAACUCUUACAGAGACAUCUGGCUUUAUCCCAAAAGAUCAAUAAAAAAAAAAAAAGUAAAAAAAAUUAGUGAAUGUUGUGGUUUCUUUCUAUUUUUCCCCUUCGGCAUGAAUGUAAUGUUUGAUAAAAAAAAAAAAUGGUUGCCACCAUUAGAUGGCAGCAUAGA